GACUUGAAACUUGAGAGAGAGAGAGGGAGAGAGAGAGAGAGAAUAUGCUGAAACUCUCUUGGUUUACCUUAGCUUCAUUGUUUUUGUUGGCAGCAUUAUCAGAAGCCAACAACUCCAAGCCUGGUCGCCAAAAAGAAUGUGAGAAUCUCACAGCUCCCUACCAAUUUGAGAUUGGGAAAGGAGGAUCAUGUUCCAUGGACGAGUAAUACAAUAAACUGCAGCAGUUUCUAUAUCCCACUAAAAUCAUUCUCGGGAAAAAGUAAUAUUAUUGAGGUGGGACAACUUUCUCCAUCCCAGGUACGCGUAAAUAACUCAGUUGCUUAUAGCUGCAACACCAUUAAAAUGGGAGCAAUAUUAAUGUUGUUGUACUCUAGUUCUACUGCUCAUCAUGUUGCUGCAGUGGACUUGAGUACUGGCAGCACACAAAACACAAUCGCUGAGACUGUGAACUUGACUGGCACCCGGCACGCAAUCUCCGACUCUGCAAACAAGUUCACAGUCAUACACAAGGGAUGUGACAAGGUAUGCAACAUGAUGAACACUUCGACUCAUCAUAGAUGGUCUUCUGGUGGUAGUGGCUGUUGCAAUUCUUCCACUCCCAAAGCCAUUAAUAAGUCUCUUGUGUCUGAGGCAGAGACACAGAGUAUGGGAAACAUUAGUUUCUGGCUUAUCAUGAGUAGCCGCAGCAAACGAACCAGGUCCAGGCUCAUCUUUCCUAUUUUGAUGGUAGGAGACAUGAACAGCACACAACAAGACGCGCUCAUCAUGUUUCCAUCAUUCUAUUCCUACAACAGAAUUGUCUCUGGUUCUCCUAAACUAUAUCCAACUACUCCCAGAAUCCACACACGUACAAAACUGGAAUACCACAUAAAAAUUGGCAAAGGUUCUUCGGACACACAUCUAUUGGACACAUUCCAGACUAUGACUCGGAAAUAUAAUUACCACAGGAAAAGCAGACGUCUUCGAGGUUACAUCCCACAACAUAUCAAAGUCUUUCCAGGCCCGGCAAAGCUCACUCUAGGUCUCGGCUUUUGUUUCUCAUGUCUUUCAUUUGUGAUAUCUGGAAUUUAUUUCAGUGUGAAGAAGCAUAAGUUUAUUAAGCUAAAAUCCAAAUUCUUCCAGAGAAACAGAGGGUUAUUGUUAGAGCAGCAAAUUGCUUUACGUGGAGGCACAACAAUUUUAACAGCCGAGGAGCUAGAUAUGACUGCUGACUGUUAUAAGAAAACUCACAUUUUUGUUUCAGGAGGCAGUGGAACUGGAACGUCUCAAAAAGGACUUUCGCCAGAAAAAGUAGUGGCAGAGGGCCAAAUUGAGCAUUUUAUAAGUGAAAUUCUCACUCUUACUAAAGUAAACCAUCAAAACUUGGUCAAGUUCUUGGGCUGCUGCUUAGAGACUGAAGCUCCAGUAUUGGUCUAUGAACUUGCCUGCAACGGGACCCUGUUUGACUACAUUCAUCAUACCAAUGAGAAAAGUUCAUUGCCUUGGGAUAUCCUUUUGAAGAUAGUCACAGAAUCUGCAGUUGCUCUUGCUUAUCUUCAUUCUGCAACAGACUCAUCAAAACAAAUGAUCAUUCAUGGAAAUGUCAAGUCUUCCAACAUACUUUUAACUGAUUGUUUCAUGGCCAAAAUCUCCGGUUUUGGACCUUCAAGGUUGGUCCCUAGUACUGAAUCCCAGAUAAGCACAUUAGUUCACGGGAAACUUGGUUAUCUAGAUCCGGAGUAUCUCCAUACAGGCCAGCUGACAGACAAGAGCGACGUUUAUAGCUUUGGAGUCGUUUUGUUAGAACUUUUAACUGGGGAGAUGCCCGUAUCCUUUGAUAGACCAGAAAAUCAAAGAGUUAUAACGUCCUACUUCCUUUUGUCUGCAGAACAAUGUGGCCUCUUUCAGAUUGUUGCGCCACAACUUGUAAAUGAGGGAAGCAGAGAACAAGUCAGAGCAGUUGCGGACCUUGCUAAGAGCUGCCUCAAGUUGAGUAGAGCAGAAAGGCCAACAAUGGAACAAGUGGCCAGGGAGCUACAUAGGCUGUCCAACACGUAUCCUAGGGUUAAAGUUGACAGCCAUGACACUUAAAGUGAAAGGUUUUCUAGAGCUGUACCCAGUGAGGUUCCAAACGGUGCGUAAAAGUCAGAAUCGUUGCAUGCCGGGAGCCUGAUGAUCUUGUGAGAGGGUUCUUUGUUGGCAUGUUAGGCAAAUGCAGAACAGAGACAAAAAGGGCAAUAGAAAGGAUGUGUGAUAGCUACUUUUGAGUUUUUCCCCUUAUUUUCUUCCUUUGUUGUACAUGGUUUGCUUCUCAAAUUAGGUCUUGUUUUUAAUUAUCCAUUAGCUUACGUGGUUGGGAGCUUUCUUUCGGACAAAGUAUCCUGAUAGUACUCAUAGGGACCAGUAUUUGAAAAUAUUUGAUUUUUCAGACAGUUGCAGGUCUAGCUAAUAAAUAACACUCUCACUUCUUUGGAACAAAUCAUAUAAGGCCAGGUAAAUUUUUAUGACUACAUGUUGCCUUUAUUUAUUCCCAUUAAUAUUUCGGCCAGCGCAAGCUCUAUAGCAGUAAUUAGCAUUGCUAGACCCUUUCAAUUUUCACUAUGAAGUUGAACCAUACCAAGAGCUAAGGCAAUCUCCACUCAGCAGCCACAAUCAAGGUUGGAAGAGGCAGGAUCAAAAGAAACAGAGCAAAGCCUACUUCUCUCAGUGGUGAAUGGUGAUGACAGACUUAAGAACCAUGAGAGGAGGCUUGUUAGAGUUGAAACGUUCCAGUUCUUGGUAGUGGAGGAACGUUUCUGUCACUAAUAGCAGUACCUGGAAAAGCGAAGCUUCUUGACAAUAGUAGACAGAGGAUCUCGCUCCCUUCCAUUGUUAAGAAGCCCAUACAAUAAAAUUUGGCCAAGGUUGCCUCAACCAGCGAAUGCCAGACUUACCCAAAAGUCUAGCCCGAAUAGAACGAUCAAAGAAAAGGUGACUGAGAUUCAUAAAUUAUAUUGCCAGGACACAAACAUGACUAGCAGAGGGACACUUCCUUUCAAUUUAUUAUAACUGCCAUGCUCCAUAAACCCAAUGUGAUGCAACUUGACGACAGCCAUGGGAAAAGUGAAAGGUUAUCUUGAGUUGUGAGGCUGAUGGUCUUGUGGGAUGAUUCUUUGUUCGCAUGUGAGGCAAAUGCAACGAAACAGAGACAAACAGGCAAGGGAAAGGAUGCGUGGUACCUACCUUGAGAUAUUUCUCCCAGUUUUGUUCUUCCUAAUGUGAUGCUGCACCCGAGUCGAAAUGCAUGAAUUCUUAUUCCAUCGACAGCAUACCAUUUCCACCUUGUUGGUCAUGCACGUUUAACCAAUCUAUCAGAGUGCAAUACUUCCUCGCUCUUCUGCUUCCAACAUGUAUUCCAUCCUUUAAGUGCAAGGAUCUCUGCCCCGAUUGCACCAACAAUAUCAUCAUUGUCCACCACCUUCCCACCAAUGCAGAUUGGCAUCACCCGACGCCAUUUGAUUUCCACAUCAAUAGUUGUACAUCCCAAUAAACCCAUUUCCAUAUUUCGAUUUCUCCUACAACUUUAUGAUAUCCAUUUGAAUGCAAAACACUCAAAUGUUAAUCCAAGUGUUCAAAUGGGCAUCAUGAAGGUGUGGGAGAAAUCGAAAUUUGGGAAUGGGGUCGAUUGAUGUCUAUUUGCACGAAUGGCAAUGUGGUGGACAAUCAUGAUAUCGUUUCAGCGAGAAAGAAAGGAAGGAAAUGGGCGGAGGUCCUUGCAGUGAAGCAUGGAAUACAAUCUGGUAGAUUGGUUAAACAUGUAAGCAAGGAAGGAAAUGGUAUGUUGUCGAGCGGGAAUGAUGGCAUCUAAGAUACAACUCAUGAACGUAUCUCCACAUAUAAGAUGCAUGGACUAAUGAUAAUGAGGUGAUAGUCCUAGACUCCUAGUUGUACCCGUUAAAAUGCUAAUUGCAUGAAGUUAUUUUCUAUGUUCACUUGAAAAUGUAAUUGAGUGAAGGUUAA